AUGAUUUUUUCUUUCUUUCUUUCUCUUUCUUUCUUUCUUUCAUUCUUUCUUUCCUUCUCUUUCUUUCUCUUUCUUUCGAUUCUGAUUGCUAUUUUUUGCUUAUCUUUCUUUCUUAUAUUCCUUUUCUUUCUUUCAUUCUAUUUAUUUCCUUCAUUCCAUUUCUUUCAUUCUUUCUUUCUUUCAAUUUAUUCCUUUCUAUUUCUUUCAUUCUUUCUUUUUUACUUUCUCUUUUUUUCUUUCGAUUUCUUUCAUUCUUUCUUUUUUCAUUCUUUCUUUCUUACUUUCAAUUUCUUUCUUUCACUUUUUCAUUCUUUCUUUAUUUUUUCACUUUCUUUCAUUCUUUCGUAUUUCUCUUUCUCUUUCUUUCUUUCUCUUUCUUUUAUUCUUUAUUCUUACUUUCUCUUUCUUUCAUUUCUUCUUUCUUAUUUUCUUCUGUCUUUCUUAAUUUCUCUUUCUUUUAUUCUUUUUCUUUCUUAUAUUCUUUCUUUUAUUCUUGCUUUCUUUCAUUUUUCUUUCUUACUUUCUCUUUAUUUCUCUUUCAAUCUUUCUUUCUUACUUUCACUUUCUUUCAUUCUUUCUUCCUCUUUAAUUUUUCUCUUUUUUCAUUCUUACUUUCUCUUUCUUUCUUUCAUUCUUUUCUCUUUCAUUUAUUCUUUCUUUCUAUUCUUUCUAUUUUUGACUGGCUUCCUUUUCAUUCUUUCUAACUUCUUUUUUUUCUUUCUCUUUCUUUCUUUCUUUCUUUCUCUUUCUUUGUUUCUUACGUUCUCUUUCGUUUUUUCUUUCUUUUUGUCGUUUUUCUAUACAAGCUAUGUUUUUCUUUUUUGUAACCUUUCUUUCUUUCUUUUUUCUUUCUUUCUUUCUUUCUUUCUUUCUUUCUUUCUUUCUAAACAUGCUCUCUUUUUCUUUUUCCUAACCCCUCUAAUUCUCUUUCUUUCUUUCUUUCUUUCUUUCAUUCCUUCCUUCUUUCUUUCUUUCUUUCUUUCUUUCUUUCUUUCUCUCUAG